GGCAUGUCUCUUCCCUUUUCAGUUCUGAGCAACAUGGCUACCGCAUGGACAAGAGAACAAAUGUCAGUGCUAAUAGAUGCUAUGAAAGAAGAACAAUGUCUUUACAAUGUAAAAAGUAAAAAUUAUUACAACAAACGCUGUCGUGCGGAGGCGCUUUUUCGUGUAUUUUUUAAAGUGAAAUGUGUUAGGCCUCAUUUGAGCAAUCCAAAGGAGUGUCAAACGAAAUUUUUGAAUAUGAGGAACAUGUUCAACGUGGAAAAUCGAAAGAGGAAAGAGAGUAUGAGGACUGCAACCUGCGAAGAUGAUAUAUAUCGGCCAGGUUUGUGGUAUUUUCAGAAACUCGAAUUUCUAGACGCCCAUUACAUGCCACGAAUUAGAAACUCUGCUCCACUACAGACUAUGGAAUGUAGUGACAGUUUUCAGACAGAUGAAAGCACAUCACAUGAAAGUGAUGUCGUGGAAUCUUCCAUGAGCAAUGUCAUUGAAUUUACAGAAGAAAGUGACGUGAAGGACAUAGGACUAGUUGAAUCUGAUUCAAUUCUAGAACAAGUACCACUGGCACAAACCUCAUGGAGUUCAGCAGAGAGUGCUACAUCCAGGUCCUCUACUGCAAGAAAAAGAAACAAUAGUGACAGUUAUGACACUGCAAUACAAUUAAUUGUAGACAGACUGCAGGAAAGUUAUGAUGAUGACAUAACUGUUUUUGUAAAAUAUCUGGCAACAGAAAUGAGACAAAUAAAAUGCAGAGAAGCAAGGAAUGCCUGUAAGCAAAAAAUACUAAAAAUUGUUUAUGAUACUUUAGAUAAUGAAUAAAACAUUGUGUAUAUUG